AUGUCCGAGUACUGGAAAUCGACGCCAAAGUACUGGUGCAAGCACUGCAGCAUCUUCGUGCGCGACACGAAGCUCGAGCGCCAGAACCACGAGGCGACCGGAAAGCAUCAGGGCGCCCUCAAGCGGUUCUUGCGCGACCUGCACCGCGGCCAUGAGCAGGAGGAACGCGAGAAGGAGCGCGCGAAGCGCGAGAAGCCCGGGUCGAGCGCGCCGUCGACAUCGACCGAGGCGCAGCGGAAACAGCAGAUGGAGCAGCUUGCCGAGAUGGGCGUGUCGAUCCCGACGGAGUUCAGGGGCGACAUGGCGAUGGCGGGCGAGUGGACAGUGACUGCGACAAAGGUCAUUGACGAGAACGCGCAGGCGGAGAAGCCGGUCGAGGCCAAGGCGAUGGGUAUCAGGAAGCGCGAGCAGACGGAGGAGGAGAGGGAAGAGGAGGAAGCCGUCCGGGGCCUGUUCAAGAGGCCGAAGAAAUGGGGCAGCACAAGGACGAUGCCGGAGGACGACAAGGACCUUGACGCGCUGCUCAGCAGCAACACGCUCCUGCGGCCUGUGAAGAAGGAGGAGCCUGCUGAGACGGACGUCAAGACGGAAGAGAGCUCCGCGGAGGGCGAGGUCAAGCAGGAGGAGGGCGCGCACGGUGUUGCGCCGGAAGCCAAGUCAGAUGCACCGGCGAUCAAGAGGGAGCCUACGGACGAUGAUGCUGGCAAAGGCCUCGAUGUGCCAGCAUUGGACGAUGACGUCGUCAAGAAGGAGGAGGACGCAGCGGCGGCAGGUCCCACGGAGGCGGCGGCGCCAGCUGUGGUGUUCAAGAAGCGCAAGCCCAAAAACAUUCGUCAAAAGUGA